GAGCAUCCCAACGCCCAGCUCGGCCAAUUACUCUCAACCACUGAUGAGUGCGCAGUUUCAGGCCUUGUAAUGCCGCCUCGAGUGCCAUUGGCAGCGCGUCGGGCCCUGUCCUCAACAAUCGUCAUCCGAUUCCCGGUGCGGUCCCGGCGGUGGUUUGCUUCGAGCUCCGAUGCGCCAGAAAUCUACGACGUAGUCUGCGUUGGGGGUGGACCGGCAGGACUGAGCCUUCUGGCUGGACUGAAGGCCUCGCCGGUCACAAAUGGGCUGAAAGUUGCGCUCAUUGAGGGGCAGGACUUGCAGAAGAAUCGGUUGCAGAAGGAUGCGAGUUUGGAGAGCUUCUCGAACAGAUGUAGCUCUCUGACGCCUGCCUCUGUGCGGAAUCUCCAGGAAAUCGGAGCAUGGACUCACGCAAACGCGUCACGCAUCCAACCCUACCAGGAAAUGCAGGUAUGGGACGGCGUAUCCGAUGCUCGCAUAUCCUUCGACUGGGAUACCGCACGCUCCCCCCUGACCCCUCGUAAACCGACCCAACCCACCACGAUCGCCUACAUGAUCGAGAAUGUAAACACAGUGACAGCUCUCCUCUCGCGCCUUGAGGAGCUUGGAGGCGUCGACGUCUUCUCUUCCACCAAGGUCAAUUCGAUAGAACUUGGGGCGGACACGGAAAAGCUAGACUUCUCGUCCUGGCCAAUACUCUCGUUGUCAAACGGGAAGACACUAGCAGCGAGACUGCUCGUCGGCGCAGACGGAGCGAAUAGUCCCGUCCGCACGUUCGCCGGCAUACCCUCACGAGGCUUCGAUUACGACCGCCACGGUGUAGUCGCAACCUUGACCCUAGAGGGGCCCGGCUGGGGCGGUCUAGACCACAAGAUCGCAUACCAACGCUUACUCCCGACCGGCCCCAUCGCCAUGCUCCCACUGCCGGGUAACAAGGCAUCCCUCGUCUGGAGUACAACGCCGGAGCGCGCGGCAAAGCUCAAAUCACUGCCUCCAAACGACUUCGCAGCAAUGGUGAACGCAGGGUUCAGAUUAUCUCCUACCGACCUCGAGUACCUGCACACCUUAGCCACCGGCCAAGAAGAAGAAAUCGCCUGGCGAGCAAAACACACCCCCUUCAACAAACGCUCGAUACCCGUGCGCGUCACAGACGUCCAACCCGGCACCGUAGCCUCGUUUCCGCUCCGCAUGCGCCACGCAGAUACCUACACUGGCGAGCGCGUAGCCCUCGUCGGCGAUGCAGCGCAUACGAUCCACCCGCUCGCGGGCCAGGGUCUGAACCAAGGCCAAGGCGAUGCCGCAGCCCUCGUCCGCACAAUAUCGCGCGCUGUGCAGACUGGCCAGGAUAUCGGGUCUACAUUAGCGCUGGAGAGCUACAACAGCGAGAGGUACGCGGAGAACAACGCUAUGCUGGGUGUGUGCGAUAAGCUGCAUCGGCUGUACAGCGUAGAAUCGGGGCCGGUUGUUGGCCUUCGCAGUGUAGGACUCAGGGCCGUAAAUGCGAUGGGUCCGUUGAAGGGCUUCUUCAUGAGUCGGGCCGCGGGGGGCGUGUAAGAUAUUGUACUGUACAUUUUGAACUGUAUAUAUAUGCAUGAAUAUCAAUCUUCC